AUGCUACUCCCCAUUCCUCCCAUCCAGAGCCAAGCUCCCAGCUCAGGAAGAUCCUCCAUUCCCCUUCUUCUGACCAUCUUGUCCCUCGCCAUCCACGCUCCCAGUCAGGACCACUCCCUUGUCCAGCAUGACUCCGACAGGCUUCCAUAUGCGCGCCCCAGCAUCCGCGACAACCCUCCCGCGUUCGACUUUAGCAUGCGCAGGCACUCCAUCGCCGUCGGCCAGAACCCCAUAACCCUCCCUAAUCUCUCCUCUACGCUCCAUGGUACAAAGCGUAAAAUGUCAACAGAUCGCAGUGUUUUUGCUCCCGUCGGUGAAGACCCCGACACCCAUCUCGUGGGCCCAGGUAUGCCCAGCGUUAUGGACGUCGAUGUCGAUGCCCCAGCACCAAAACGGCGGGGCUCGACAAUAGACACUCAGCGUAUCGCCCAGCUGAGUCUCAACGAUCGUCGCAAUUCGGUCGACUCUCGCGGUGCCCAUUGGAUGUUGAAUGAUCGACGGGACUCAGCUCCUUCCUUGUUCCCCAGUGUUCCUGGCAUAAACUCUUUUAAUUCCUCAGACUCUCAUCACAGUCGAGUCUCUUCAAGCAUCGCUUCAUUCUCUUGGCCCGCUAACGAGGGCCCCAAUUCAUCUUCCCUCCAAAACGAAUCAAACUAUAGCAACAGGACUUUUGAUCCUGUACAUGAAUUAAGCGUUCCGCCCCCUACAAGUUAUGCACCCGAUCGUAGAAUGUCCGUUCCGGACAAUCUCACCCACCCUUCCUCAAGGAGCGGUCAUUCACGGUCUCGCCCUCCGUCUCGUCAGAACACAGAUGCCAACAGUCACUCUGGUUUAUCAUCUGGUCAGGAGGAACCUUCUGGCACUUCGUCCCCAAACACUGCCGUUAAAGGCAAGGACAGGGACACUGGACUGACACCGUACUCUCGGUCUCCAGAAUUGAGGGUAUCUCACAAACUUGCUGAGAGAAAAAGAAGAAAGGAAAUGAAAGAGUUGUUUGACGAGCUCCGGGCACAAUUGCCUGCGGAUCGGGGAAUGAAGGCCAGCAAGUGGGAGAUUCUGAGCAAAGCAAUCGAUUUUGUCGCUCAGUUGAAACAGUCGCACCAAGAAAUGGCCGCAGAAAAUAGCAUGCUUAGACAACAGCUUCAUGCACAGCGCUCAGAAUCAUUCAAUUCUGGUGCAGGCCCAUCUUCGCAUAACAAUGCAUACGGUCAACCCAUCCUUCCCCCUUUCCCCCCACCUCUUAUUCAGCCCCACCAAACCUCUCAGAACCAAUCUGGUCACCCUGACUCCCGACCUAAUUCAAGUCAAACUCCUUUCCCACCCCUCAACUCUUCCUCACAGAACGGCAGAGGGGACUCUCAUCCAACAUGA